CCAUUUGGCCUGAGAGACUGAUUUAUAAUUUACAGAGGCUGAGGGAUGAAGGGAAAACCAGCAGUCAGUCAGCUUUCAUGUUGGAGAGGCCAAGUAUGUGUGUGUGUGUGUGUGUGUGUGUGUGUGUGUGUGUGUGUGUGUGUGUGUGUUUGAGAGACAGGUAAAAGGAUGCACAAGUGGAACAGAGACAUGACCCUGGGCGGCUCCAUGGUAACAGUAGAGCGUAGCAUCCACUGACUUUGCUCAGAGAAAUUAAAAGGGAAAAUCACGCAGCAGUGUUAACAGCAUCUUGUCUGGGAUCAUGUCUCAGCCCACGCCUGAGCUCCCACUCGUCUCAGAUACCUCCUGUUGGAGCACCAACACCAAAAUGGAGACAGAAAUCAGCGGUAGACUUUACAUGAGUGCCAGUGGGUCAGAAGGAGAGAAGUGUGUGCCGUGUCCUCUCCGUCCUGCCCCUCUGUUCCGUUCCAUCGGGCCGACAGGAUUAUCAGCCAGCCUUCCGCCUCACCGCCGCUUACGCUCCAUCUUACACAGAGCGCGAGCUGUGCGCCCGGAUAACGCUAACGAGAGCAGCAUGGUUCGAGGUGGAGAAAAUGCUAACGCAGUUGUUUCUCAAGCUACGGACAGACGACUUCCUUUCAAAGACUUCCUGCCUGAUAUCACGACUCCGAAACUCUGUCCAUCACCAAGAGACACAAACCAAGAGACAAGAGGAAGCCACUCGAUUGAAGACACACAAACCUUCUUCAGCUUGCAGUCCCCCAACAACCAUCUCGCAUGUCCAUUUCAGAGGCGCCACAGCAUGGGACAGCAAGAUCCUCCAUCGAAGACUUUCACUAGUCGGAGGACCAUCGUGUUUCCUCUCACACAGAGGGACACAAGCACCGAGACACUGGCGGGUACAAACAGGAAGAGAUGGAGCACAAAGAUCAGACAGAUCCUGACCGCUGAGAAAGGCAGUGAUGAGCAGGACAUCAGCGAGCGCUUUCACAGCCUGGUCCUAACAGAUGAUCGCCCGUCUGCCAGCAAGAACCUGGAAGGUUCUCCAAAGUCAGACAGAAGUGAACCCGAGAGCGAGUGUGAAGUAAAGGGGGUGUGGCCCAGCCGAAGAGACCGACGCCCACAUUUCCUGCCUCCAAUAUCGCAUUCGGGAUGUCUGUUAGACGUACCAUUCGCCCUUCCGGAGAAUUCCCCUCCUCCUUCUCCCAGCAGCAUCUUCAGCACUCCUUUUUUCCCUCUCAGUGUCCCCGUCCGUCCCCAACGUAAACACAGAGACACCCGAGAUGCUGAGUCCAGCGCAGGUCCAAAGCAUUCUUUUUACUUUUAGAUUCUGUUAUGCUUCUGAACAGGCACUGAAUUUAAACAUCAGUAAGCUCCCUAUCCAGAGCGACUUUCAUCUCAUAGUAGGAAUUUAUCUCAUUCCUACCUCUCAGCAGAUAUAGGGGCCUUGCUUAGGGGCCCAGGACUGAGAGCUUGGUGUGGCUGGGAUUCAAACUCAUGACCUUCAGAUCCAAAUUUCAAUGCUUUAAGCACCAC